UAGUGCCAAAAAACAUAUUAAGAUAGUACAACUUGCUAUCCAAAGUCUGAGGUCAUAAUCAAAACUUCCCCCUUUUUUUCUUUUAGGCUGAGGUUUGAGAAACUAGUUUCAUCAGACCUUUCAUGCUGCUGUGAUGCAUCAUCCCUUUUUGGCAGACUGAGAUGUCCCAGAUUCCUUAAGAAGAUGCAACUAGAAAUGAUGUUUUAGGAAACGUGUUGUACUUACUGAAAACCUAAUGUUAACUUGCUGGAAGACAAAAUGCCUAUUUACACAGUUCCUGCAAGAAGCCCCUCUGAGGCACAAUGUACUACCACUUUGCAGAAGACUUCUUCACAGAAUACCUUUACCAGCAGCAAGGUGUCUGGGCAGCAACUGAAAUCACAGUCAGGAGAGGAAAAGUAUAUUCUACUUUCAUGUUCUCAGAAUAAGACUGAGGAAGUUAAUAGGACCGAUGUGAUUUCAGCCUGUAAAAAAGUGGGUGAUACAUCAACUACAUUUAAACCUGAAGGCAGGUUAACACUCCAGAGGAGAACUGGAGCCAGCAAAAAAUCAGUGUCCACUAGUGAACAAUUGCAUGCACACACAACACAGGGCAUGGAAAAUAUACAAAUGGAGAAAAGACUUGCUCUGCAGAGGCGUGUGAGGACUGCCUCCUUAGAGAAGAGUAAAAUUAAUCAGAAUACUGUGCUGGGAAUAGAAAAUACUGACUCUGCUGCACAAAGAAAUUACAAGAUUGUGCUUCCACCAAAUACGAAUAAUAAUGAUACCUGUGAUAUUAAACCAAGCUUUAAGUUAGCUGAGGGUCAGUCAAGUACAGAGUUGCAGUGUCACCCGAACAGCAAGGAUUCCCUUUGCUUUGUUGAUGGUCUGUGUGAAAAUGAUAGCUGCACACAUUUAAAAUAUAGGACAAGCACUGCUGACACAAAACUUCAAAAUAAAGUUCCUAAAUCAGAACAAUUAGUUACCUCAAAAUAUUUUAAUAGGAUAUCAGGAGAACAAUUGAAUGAAAAAGGCAAUAUAAAUAAGCUAGCUGGAAGGCAAAGGUUACAACACUUCGUUAUAAAACAUAACAGUGUGGAAAGACCAAGGACACCAGCAAAAGGUUCAACAGAAGGAUUUAAGCUUACACCAAAGAACAGCACUUCUCGGGAUCAACCAUCUCUGUCCACUUCAAAUAAACGAACACCUCAUCUUCAAAUUUUAGCCAAAAAGAAAACUAGUGUCUUCAGCUCUCCUUCUGUGAGUAGAAGUUCAGAAACAAAAGACAAGGCCGAAACUCUAGCUGAGAGCAAUAGCACUGAGAAAGAUGUUUUCAAAGUGGAAAACAGCAAAGUGAUUGUAGCUGUGCGUGUACGGCCUUUCAGUAACAGAGAGAAAAAUGAAAACUUACUCCCUGUAAUCUCCAUGAGUGGUUCAGAGACAGCUGUACAAAAUCCAGCCACAAACCAAGUUUACAGCUUCAGUUAUGACUUUUCUUUCUGGUCUUUUGACAAGUGUCAUCCUAAUUUUGCAAGCCAAGCAAUGAUUUAUAAAACUUUGGCAGUGCCGCUCCUAGAAAGAGCUUUUGAGGGAUAUAACACCUGUCUUUUUGCUUAUGGGCAGACUGGUUCUGGAAAAUCAUACACGAUGAUGGGAUUUGAUGAAGACCGAGGAAUAAUUCCAAGACUUUGUGAAGAUCUUUUCACUCAAAUAGCACAAAUGGACAAGCAACAGAUUUUGUAUCAUCUUGAAAUGAGCUUUUUUGAAGUAUACAAUGAGAAAAUUCAUGAUUUGCUUGUCUUUAAAGCUGAAAGUGGACAGAAGAAACAACCACUUCGUGUAAGAGAACAUCCAGUGUUAGGUCCAUAUGUGGAAGGCCUGACAGUGAAUGUUGUCAGUUCUUACUCUGAUAUCCAGAGUUGGCUUGAACUAGGAAAUAAGCAGAGAGCAACAGCUGCUACAGUAAUGAAUGACAAGAGCUCUAGAUCUCAUUCUGUCUUCACCCUUGUCAUGACGCAAACCAAGGUAAAACUUGUGGAUGAAGAACAAUGUGAUCAUAGGCUUACCAGUCACAUAAAUCUAAUUGAUCUAGCUGGCAGUGAAUGCUGCUCAACAGCUCAGACCACUGGAGAAAGGCUGAAGGAGGGUGUGAGUAUCAAUAAAUCGCUGUUAACCCUUGGAAAGGUUAUUUCUGCACUGUCUAAACAGUCUCAAAAUGGAAAGAAAACUUUCAUUCCUUACCGGGAAUCUGUCCUUACUUGGUUGUUAAAGGAAAGUCUUGGUGGAAAUUCACAAACUGCUAUGAUUGCUACAGUAAGUCCAGCUGCCAGCAGUACAGAAGAAACACUCAGCACUCUUCGCUAUGCAAAACAAGCUUGUUCAAUUAUCAACAUUGCUAAAGUAAAUGAAGAUGUGAAUGCCAAGCUAAUCAGAGAAUUGAAAGCUGAAAUUGAAAAACUGAAGGCAGCUCAGAAAAGCGCUCUGAACACUGAUCCUGAAAAAUACAGAUGUUAUUUGCAGGAAAUAACGUCUUUGAGGGUAAAAUUGCACCAGCAGGAGAGGAACACAGCAGAAAUGCAAAGGGCCUGGAAAGAAAAAUUUGAACAAGCAGAAAAGAGGAAAUUAGAAGAUAUAAAAGAAUUGCAGAAAGCAGGAGUAGCAUUCAAAAUGGACAAUCAUUUACCAAACCUUGUCAAUCUCAAUGAAGAUCCUCAGCUUUCUGAGGUGCUGUUGUAUAUGAUCAAAGAAGGAGAAACUACAGUUGGAAGGUAUACACCAAAUUCGAAACAUGAUAUCCAGCUUUCCGGAGUGCUAAUUGCUGAUGACCAUUGUGUUAUAAAAAAUACUGUUGGCAAAGUGAGUAUUAUUCCACUGAGAGAAGCAAAGACAUACGUAAAUGGGAAAUGCAUUUUAGACCCAACAAUUCUGCAUCAUGGUGAUCGAGUGAUCCUUGGGGGAGACCAUUAUUUCAGGUUUAAUCAUCCAGUAGAAGUUCAGAAAGUUAAAAGGUCAUCUUGUGGGACUAUGUUUUUGCAUGAUAGUCCAAAAGAUUUUGAAUUUGCGAAGAAUGAGCUGUUUCUUGCACAGAGAACACAGCUUGAAUCAGAAAUUGAAGAGGCACGACUCAAAGCCAAGGAAGAAAUGAUGCAAAGUGUCCAAAUUGUGAAAGAGAUGGUUCAGCAAGAACUGACCUCACAAAAAGAAGCUUAUGAAAGCAAAAUAAAAUCACUGGAAGCAGAGGUGAGAGAAGAAUCUCGUAAGAAGCAAAUCCAAGAACUGAAUAACCAAAAAGCUGCAACUAAAAUACAGGAGCUAGAGAAGGCAAAGCAAAACCUUGAGCUAGAACUACGCUUCAGUAAGAAGCGUUUAGAAAUGGAGACCUUAGCUACCAAGCAGGCUCUAGAAGAUCAUACUAUUCAUCAUGCAAAGAUACUUGAAGCUCUGGAAGCUGAGAAGCAGAAGAUUGCCCAAGAAAUACACAUGCUUCAGAAGAAUCAUGGAAGUGGGAAUAAAACUAUGACUAUUCCACUUAACUGGAAUUCUCUGAAGCUAUCUGUGAUGAUCAAAGAGGCCAACACCAUUAGUAAUGAAUUAGGGAAAAACACUGUUUUCUGCAGGUACGACAAAAUUGAUGAUAAAACAGGAACAGUGUCUUCUGUUCAGGUGCAGGUUCGUAACAUCAAACUGGGAAUAGCAACUUUCUGGAGCCUAGAGAAAUUUGAAUGCAAACUAGCAGCAAUGAAAGAACUCUAUGAGAGUAAUGAUAGCAAUAAAGCUGCUGAUGUAUUUUAUGACCCUGCUGAUGAGUGGGAACCUGACAUUUCAGAUGCCUCAGUUUCCUCCCUUUCCAGAAGAAGGAGUAGAAGUUUCAUGAAAAGCAAGAGAAUUUCUGGAUGUUUGUCUGAGAUAAAAUUGCAACCAAUUCGGAAUAUGCAGACUUCCUGUAUAUCAGGUUCACAGAUUAAGUCCAGCAUAUGUCCAAGCUUUUCUGAAUCAUUUCUUCCUGGAAUUUGCAAAGAAUCUAUAAGUUCAGCUUUAGGUUUACUGGAACAGAAUCAUGAAGGAGGAAAGAGCAUAGCAGAUAGUCUCCUAACUAAUUUGUUUAUAAUUUUCUCUGGAGUGUCUGCCAUUUCAAAAGCUUAUGAACAGCAAGAUGAAGAAUGUCAAGAAAACUUUUUCUCUCUUGAUCAUGCUGCUCAGUCCUACAGCAUCAGAAUUAUCUCUGCUUUUGACCGGCUUGUGGUUCUAACCAAGCUCUGGCUUAACAAUGUCCAAAAGUGCCCUGGAUCUAUAAAAGUUGAUGAAGAAAUAAAACAGGAAGUAAAGAACUUGGGAGGUUAUUUACAGUUACUUUUGCAGGGAUGUUCUUCAGAUAUAUCCUCGAUGGUAACAGAAGCACGGAGCAAAGUAAACCAAACAGUAAAACAAACAAUGAAAUACAUAGGACACUUGGCAGUAGUCACAAGAGCUGAUAUUUCAUUUUCUGAAGAGAACAACGUUCCUGCAGCUAGUCUACAGGAAUUUGCACUUGCCAUUUAUGAUGGAGUAGGCUCAGGGCUGGAGUUUCUUGUUGAUACUGUACAGGAAAAAGCAAGAGUGGUGCACAAAGAACUUGUGAAACAAUAUCCACAAAAUGAGAUUCAAAAUCGAAUAAAGGAUAAUGUUGUGGCACUAGCCAGAUUCCUUGAAAAUAACAUCUCUUAUUGCAGAAAGAAAGUAAUAGAAUCUCAAUUACUGGAAGAAGAAUCUCUAUAUCAGGAAAUAAAGAAAAACACUAACAUUGCUGCAAAAUAUUUGGAAUUGGAGCAGUGCCUAGCUGAAGUCUGUCAAAUUGUUUCUUCUACAUUACAAGGGUCAUACAGAAACACAAGCCCUCUCAGGACCUUUGCAGAAAAGAUUUGUGUCAUAGCUGGAUAUUUUAACAACUAUUUCAGUUUAUUUGCCUCUUCUUCUACUUCUACAAACAAUCCUAUCCAGAAAAUACCCAUGCCUUUUAUGAACUUGGAUGAAUUGGACUCUCUGGUUGAUUCCCUUAUCAUGAAUUUUGAACUUGAACAAGGACAGCCAUCACUGAAAUCUCAAACUCUUUGUAAUGAAACUACUGAGACUCGAGGAGGACAGGUCGAAACAGGUGAAGUUGAAUUUGCUUGGAAACAGAAGGCGAUUCCAAAACAAACACACAAACUCCAGUCUUCACCUCCAUUUCCCGCAGAGCUUUCACCUGGUAGGAUACAGUGGGUAUAAAAUGCUAUUAUCAAGAAAUUCAGGGAAUCCCUUUCCCUUUACAUGAAGAGAAAGCAACAUAUCACAAAAAGCUAAAAUUUAUUGCUAAUAUUAUUAGUAAGUGUUAUGAAAGUAAAUGACGUGACUGUAUGAGGAUAAGUACCCUAAAUUUCACAAGAAAAAAGGAAAUUCUUAAGGGGCUGUUAGACUUUAAAAUAUAUAUUGCCUUUUGUUUUAAUAAAAGUCUAUUAUUACCUAAGCCUAUAAGAAGUAAUUUAAUGUGGUAAGUAAAAAAAAUCUAUUGGAGAUAAUAUGAAUGGAGAAACUAAAAACUGUCAGGGAAAACAGUAAAAAAACUGGGAAACACAGUAGAUGCUUUGUAGGACAAUCACAUCUCUUCAUCUUAAACUUUUGACUUAGGACUCUUGUGUAACAGUGGAAGGAGAUUGCUUUUAAGGACAUCUGUAACAUACAUUGAUGUUGCAUACAGUUAGAUAAGACGACUGCCUUCCUGUCUUAGACACUUGAAAGGUAGAUGAUGUGGGUUCCAAUUUUUUUUCUUAACAUUGUUGCUCCACCUCUGCUGCAUUACGAUCUAGGAGUGCUACUGCAACUUUAAAGUGUUUGUUAUGCCUUUUAUUUUUUUAAAACAAAGCAAAAACUUCAUAUUUAUUUCUGUAGGGGAAAACUAUGAGAGAUGGUAAAAGUACUUUACGAUCUUAUUUAAUGAAUGCUUUAAGUGGUUUUGUAGUCCAUUGAAAAAUCUGGGAUUAAAGUAUCAAUGAUGGUGCUCUUCAACUUGAUCUGAAGUAAGUUCAUGUUGAGUGUUGUUGCUAGUGAAUUAUCAUUUGAUUGCUCAAAUCACUUCCAGUACUAUUCAUAAUGGAUUAGAAGCAUAGCUUUCCCUAAAUAAUAUGUAAGUCAUCCCAUGAGGUUGUAGAGACCUUUCCCAAUUAACUACUUCCCUGUGCUUUUUACUGUAGUCAUCAUUUAACCUCUUACCUUUAGUCUGCUCGCUGAAGCCAGUAAAAAUUAACAGCAAAGAUGAAAAUGAAUUUGAAUUUUUUUUCUUUAAUACUGGGUUCUAGGAGGCCUGGACCUAGCACGUUUUACUCACAACAGUGCUGAGAAAUUCAUAAAUUAAAACCUAAGUUUUUUCCUGUAUAUCAAAGCUUCCAGGUCAGAUAUUCAUAGCUAUCAUCUUUCCUUCUGAGGGAAGAUGCUUAACAUCUUGAGAAUUUCAGCAUCAGGCUCUUAGAACUAUUUUCUGUGAAAAGACAGAAAGUGUAGAGAGUGUCAAUCAUCUUUUUUUCUUUGAGAACUUUCACACCGUAGUUAUAAUUGAUGCUGUUAUUCUGCGAUUUUAUGCUUUUCUGAUUUAUAGGAAAUGGGGACAGGUAAUUAUGCUGAACCAGUAACCCACAUACGUUUUUCUUAAGACUAGUAUACCUUAAUACUUUGUCAAAAAAUGUCUUGCAGUGCAGUCCUGCCAUCAAAAAUAUUCAGUUAUUUUUAUUGCAGCUAAUAAUUUCUUUCUCACAUGAGGUGUGAUGUUGCUUAAUCACUUUCCUACUGCAGAGGCCUUUAGAAGACUGCUCAAGGGUUAACAAAGUAUAUUCAGUUGUUCAGCUUUUUAUGCUUUAAAAGUGUAGAGAAACCUGGUAUAUUUUUACAUUUGUAAAUGUAUUAUUUUGUGUUUGGCUGAAAGUUUUAAAAACAUAACUGGUUCUUCUGAAACAUGUAUCUAAACAUGAGCAUUGUAAAGAGUAAAACUAGAUAGAUCAUGUAACUGAUCACCAAUUUUUACAACUUUAAGUGUAAAUUCCUUGUCAGUCGUCUUCUGUAUACAGUUGUUUUUGAGACCUUCCUUUGUCACUGAGAGUACUGCUUCCUUGCUGAAAGUAUUGUAGUAUAAAAAUCUGAAAUAUUAGUAAGAGGUGUUUUGUGUAGCUCACAAGUGAAACAAAACAAAAAAAAAAGACUUCUUUACCUAAAUUUCUUUCCUCUAUUAAGACACUUAUUCAGCCUCUAAAUGUGUGCUGUUACUCAUGAACUAAUCUAUACUAAUUAAUGUCAGAAUACUCAAUCCCUUCCAAUUUCUGCCAAUAAAUAUAGUGGUGUCAUGUCAAGUCCCCAUUGCAAAAUUACUUUCAAGUGUGUUACUGAUGUUCCGCCAGCCCAGAUGAUUAAUCAUGUUUGCUUUUGUGCUUGUAUUUAAUGAGAAGCAUUGCUCAGAAAACAUCUUUGUUUCUGUAGUUCUGUGCAUUGUUAUGAGGAUUUUUUGUCUUUUUUUUUCUUCCUAAAACUUAAAGACAAGUUCUUCACAAACUUGGAGUUCAAACUGACUUUCAGUUUUUAGCCUUUCUGAAACUUGGGAGCAAGAGACCAUGCAAACAAAUGGGGUUUGGAUAGAGUUUUAACUGAUGUAUCGGAUGGGCAACCUUAAUCAUAUCAAAUUUAGCUUUUGCAGGAUGAGUAAAAAUGUUUCCAAUAGCUUCCUGCUGCUUGGUUGGUGGUUUCCCCCCCCCCCCCCCUCCAUGCUAAUCAACUAUGUCUAGUCAGUCAACUAAUCAGUCUCUCUCUUAUGCACAUUUGUUAAUACUAUAUUCACAUUUUAGAGUAAUAUGUUAACAAAACCUACUUCUGCUAGUGUUUUCUUCAGCUUAGUGCCCUUGUUACAGUUAUACAUCAUUGAAGUACUUCAUCCUUACGAUAUAUAUGGUGACCAUACAUCAUCAGAGUGAGCUAGUGCUCUCAUAACAUACUGCAUUAAUACAUCAACAAGCCUAGCUGAGCCUCCAGUAAUCUAUUGGUGUAAUAUACCGUAAGGUGAGGUAUAUUUAUAACUAUAGGCUAGUCUAUCUAUAAAUUAUGGAUGUCAAGGAAUUGGGAUCAUAGCAGGCAGAUUUUGGGAUGGAUUGAUUUGAGUGGUAUGUUAUUUUCCUAGUCUUUCCAAGGAGUUGGAGGUACAUGUGGGUUAAGCCCAGGUCAGCAGAGUAAUUGACGUGGCUGACCACCAUAUUCUGCAUCACCUGCCAGGCAUAGUGAUGGAAUGAAGUAGACACUGAUAUUGCUGAGAUAAAGCGCUGUGCAGUAAGGUCCAGAUAUUUUCACCAUCUGGCAUUUUUGCAGAUCUGACUGCCAAGUCAGGGUUUGGAUAGCUUCUGGCAGACAGUGGUAAUACACAGAAGAAUCUUCUUGUGAUAGUACCUUUGGAGUUUCUUCUAAACCAUAAACUAAAGUAGACACCAAAAUAGUGCAAUUUAAGUAGAGUUUUUACUUUAGUAUGUCAUGAAGUUAAUUACUUUUGCAGGAAUAUAUAUUGGUGUUGUAAAUUUCUCUGUUGGGGGAAUUAAGAUGGGAGUGGGAUCACAAUCAGUAUGUAUUAAAACAUCUUUUAUUAAUUAACUGUUGUUAAUAGAAUUAAGAUGUUUGCUUCCAGCAGAUAACUGUUCACACAGUACAUUAAUUUAUUCCUUCGCACUUAACUUGCACCCACACAAAAAACAUCUAUAGCUACAAGGCUGAAGCAACAACUGUGAGCUUCUGACUCUGUAGUGGAGGCUCAUGUUGGCUUACCUGUGAGACUUUGAUAUGCUACACCCCUCAGUAUGUAUGCUUCCUCUCUUUGGCUAAUGCUUUCUCAUUACUAUUUCUCCAUCUGCAGCCAUAGGUACCAAUAGAGCCCAUUCACACACACUUGCACAGACAGGGCUUUUUUGUCUUUGGCUGAAGCUUAGUUGCUAUAGUAGCUGAUGUCAUGCUUCUGCUAUGAGCACUAAAUUUGGGUUUUUCUGAAACCUUUGAAAGGUUUUCUCUGGGGUUCUCUAACCUACAGUCUCCAGCUCUGUCGCUGAAAGAAAUGUUCAGUGAACAGUCAGGAACAUGCAUGGGGUGGGAUUGGGAAGUGCUAUGAAGAAACGUUUAGACCUUAAUGGGAUGCAUUAUUUACUGAAGUUAUGAUGGUUUUAUUUUGUUAUAUGUAUUGAUGUAAUCUGUAGUUUGUGGGUUGUUUGUUGUGUUGUUUUUGUGUUUUGGGGUUGGUUGGUUUUGUUUGUUUGUUUCCUUUAAUGUCCUCUCUUAUUCCCUCAGGAAAAUAUUCUGUGGUAAUAAUAAUAAUCUGUACCAGAUUUCAGGUAAAAAGUAAUUAGAACUUUAAUGAUGGAUUUUAUUUACUAACAUAAAAGAAAAAGAGGU